AACUGUUUUGCUAAAUGUUUUUUUGAAUUUUUAAAGGAUUUUAAUAAUUAGAGUUUUAAGAAAACAAAUGAUGAAGUUACUCAUAUUUCAAUUUUUACUAUUGUGCAAUAUAAAAAUGGUGGUUCUCAAACGAGAAUUGAUGUACGACAAUGAAAUUUAUGCUUUAUUUGAAAAUUUAUUCCUUAACUACAACAGAAUGUUCAGGCCUAAUUAUUAUGGUAAACCUGUUGAAGUUUUGGUUGACGCAAGUAUAUUGUCUUUUUCAAAAGUAGAUGCAUCAAAAAUGAUUUAUACCGCGGACAUGUUUCUCCGUCAACGUUGGAACGAUUACAGAUUAAGACACAACAUGAGCGAGAAAUUAACCUUAAUAGUAGGAACUAAUUACCCUUCAGAUAUCAUCUGGACACCAGAUACAGUGUUUAUUAACUCAGUCAAUGGUUUAUUGCAUUCUGUCACUGUCAACAAUAACAAAUUAGAUAUUCAUCCUAAUGGCGAUGUUUUCUGGGGAACUAGAGUAACUGUAUCUCCGGCAUGCGACCUAGAUUUGCAAGAUUACCCAAAAGAUGUACAGAAGUGCACUUUUUCGAUGAAGAGCUACUCUCUAUCAUCACGUCACAUUAGCUAUAAAUGGAUGAAAGAUCCAGGUAUAUUUAUUCCUAAAAUGCCAAUGGCGCAAUUUAAACUGAUUAAGUAUAGUACGGAAAGAUAUGUGAUUGGUGACGCAACAUCAAAUUUCACUCAGCUAUACAGUGAAUUUCGAUUAAAACGUUUGGCUGGUUUUGCAAUUUUUCAUAUUUUUAUUCCUACAACUUCAAUAGUGAUAACAUCAUGGAUUUCAAUGUGGUUGCCAUUAAGCGCAUCGGCUGCUAGAAUAGGUCUUUCUGGUACAGCCAUGGUUACCAUAGCAAAUAUAUGGAUGAUUAUUGACAACCAGCUUCCCGCUGUCAAUUAUCUUAAAAAGAUUGAUGUUUAUCUCAUUUUUUCACUUGUCAAUAUUGUACUUACUAUGCUAGAGUAUGCUGUUGUACUGAAUAUAUCAGUUAUCGCGGAACGAUUUAGAAAAAAAAAAGUCAAAAGAAAAUAUAGCAGAAAUGACAGAAGAUUAACUACAAACAUAGAGUUAGAACAAAUACGUCAAAGUUCUGAAAUGAAAAAUAUUCAAUGGGGACACAAGCGGAAAAAACAAUGUGAUAGAAAUAUAGAAAAAGAGAAUGUUCGCAAGUUAGCUCAAAAAAUAGAAAUGAAAAAUGCGAAAAUUGCAAGAAAAAUUGAAAUGACUGCACAGGUGUUUAUACCUCUCACUUUUAUUAUCUUCAACAUCUUUUACUGGGUAUUUUAUAUGAAAUCUGAUGAAAUAGGUGAAAUACAAACAGCGGAUGUAUAUUAAAUUAUUAUUCUUUUAAGAUUUAUUUUGUUUAUAUUUAUAAAUGAUAUGAUCUAUUGUCUUUUUGCUUCCUACUUGAGAUAAGCAGGUAUAAAAAUUAAAUACAAAAGUUUUAAAGUUUUUACGAAAUUUACUUUUAGUCAGAUUACACAUUUUAUGCAGUAUGACAUUUUUUUAAUAAUAAUUUAUAAUUGAUAAACUAUAAUAAAGUUUUAUUAAUUUUGAUAAAUUUGUGCUAAUCAAUGCACGGUUUUUUAUUUACUGAUUUAUUAGCUGACAAAUAAAUUCAUCUAACUAUA